AUGGCGCUGGCUCCCGGAUCUUCGAGGCGGCCAUCCGCAGCUUCACGAACCCCCCGCCGCAGUGAGCCACGCCUGGGUGACUGGCCUGGGGUUCACGUCGCUCAUGGCGACGAGAACUGGACAUUGGGCCUCCAGGGCCUGGACCAAGCCGGAUUUGGGGAUCUGCAGGAUCUUCCGGACAUCUCCAUUGAUCCGGAGGAGAAGGUCUUGACCGCGAUCAACAACAGCGAUGACAGAAGGUGCUUUUGCAUCUCGCUCCCUGCCUCAUCGAUUCGCUUCAAAGGGCGCAGACGGCUGCUGGCUCCGGGCCACGCACGGAGAGACGGAGAGAGCUUUCCGGCCAUCGCGUUUGUGCUCGUGCUGCCGCCACGCAGUGUGCUUGACGUUUGCAAGCUUCUGGGGGCCGGCGCACGGGAUGUCACAUCCAUCAGCCUCCACUCUGACAUCGUGGUGCUGCGCCCUCCGCCAGCCAAGCAACCGAGCUUUGUGUACGGCUUCCCACUCGCUGGGGGACCCUUCAAGUGCUCGCAAGGUCAGGGCGGAAAGCUGACGCAUUUCGCCCAUCCGUCGACGUACUAUGCCUUGGACUUCGACUGUCCAGUGGGAACUCCAGUCCUGGCCAUUGCAGAGGGCACCAUCUCUGAGAUCCGCGAUUCAGAAACCGCGUCAGGUGUUGACGUGCGAAAUUUCUUCAGCUGGAAUCAGAUCACAAUUGCACAGGUGGACGGCACCUUCGCAGAGUACGUUCACAUCAAGGCGGCGGCUCCGUCCCUGAAGCCUGGAGACAGAGUUUGCCAAGGGCAGGUCAUCGCCCAAAGUGGCGAUGUCGGCUUCUGCCCAACGCCGCACUUGCAUGUAGAGGUCCACCUUCGUGGAGGCCGCGAUGCGGACUCGGUGGUCUUCGGCUUCCGCGGAACACAGGGCCCGUUCCAAUGCGAAGAGGGCACCUGGUACACUGCGGACGGCCCCGAGCCGGCUCAAUCAGAAAAUGGCGACGGCAAGCGCUGCCGAGCCUGUCUCAAAGUCCUGGCAUUGCACGGCGGUGGCUCCAACACCAACAUCAUGCAGUACCAGGUGAUGCCACUUCGAAGAAUCCUGGGGGAUCAGGCCGAAUGGGAUUUCCUGAACGGAGGAAGAGAUUGGACGUUCAAUGACGGCCAUGGCGUUCCAGAUAUCAUGAAGGCCCGUGGCACCAAGAAAGCAGACAAAGACUUUCUGCUGAAGUUCGAUCAGAAGGAGUUAUCCAACAAAGUAAGAGACACCUUGUCCAUCAACCGAGGAUUACUGCAGAAGUUAGCCCUGGGAGUCACGGGAGUCCUCGGCGUUGCAGUGAGAUCGCCGGCAGUGGUGGUGGCUCAUGUCAGAAGUUUCUGCAAGCGCUGGUAUACCCUCGGCUUGCUGCUGAUCGUGGCGAUGUGCCUGCACGCGGAUCAAAACUUAGCAGCACCAAACUUGAGUGCCAUCGCCGAAGAGUUUGAGCUCAGCCCUCUGGAGAAGGACUCCAAGCUCGGCGGGCAGGUCCAGCUGGGCUUCUUUUUCGUCGGAGGCAUUACAAGCCUGGCUCUUGGUCCACUAGCAGACCGAAUGAAUCGUGUGAACCUCCUUCUGCUCGUAGUCAUCCUGGGUUCCGUCCCCUGCGCGUUGAUCAAGUACAUACCAUCCGGCUCCAACGGUUUCUUGUGGUACCUGCUCUGCCGAGUUCUGACAGGAGUGUCUGUGGGCGGCUCCUUCCCGCUGCUGUACUCCCUCUGUGGUGACCUCUGCGCAGCCGAACAGCGAGGGAUUAUUUCAGCUGCCAUGGGGGUCGCCACCUCCGUGGGGGUAGCAACAGGUCAACUUCUCGCCGGGUUUCUCGGGCCUCGCUUGGGCUGGCGAGUGCCCUUCGUCGCCGUGGCGUAUCCUGCCAUCUUCUUCGCUAUCCUCCUUUGGGCCACGGUGCCGGACCCACGGAAGAGGCAAAAUACCGAGGAUGGUAUCGAGCUGGCGCAUCGCAGCCCAAAGGCCAAUGCAGGGUCCGCAAGUUCGACGGAAGCUUAUACUGCCGAGGUCGAGCUGCAGGCCGAAGUGCCCGUGUCGGAAGUCUACGAGCGCAACCCGGAGCGGAAUGCCAGCCACAGCAAUUCUGCUGAGAUGAAGCGCGCCAACACAUCCGAGACCGAUCUGGCCAUGGACCCUCACGCCGCCGUGACGGAUUGCAGCCGAUUUGGAUUGGUUUGGCGAGGUCGAUCCAACCGGAUUUUCUUGUGCCAGGCCGUUCCCGGCUGCAUCGCUUGGUCGACUGUGACUACGUUCAUCCCAGAUUACCUCCACAAAGAGCAAGGGCUCUCCGUGGAAAGCGCCACUCUCUUGGUCUCCUUCUUUGGAGCUUCGUGCCUGGUAUGGGCUCUUGGUGGGGCUGCCCUGGGCCAGCGGAUUUAUAACCGCAACAAGGGGCACUUGGCCUACCUGAUGUCUUGCUGCACGGCGUUCGCUGUAUGCCCUUUUCUGCUGCUCAUCAACUCAUCUCCGGAUUCGCUGCAGACUUUGCCAGAGGAUGGACAAGGAGUCGUGCUGCCUUCAGCCUGGGCCCUCUUCGUCGCUUUCCUCGGCGGUGCGGCAGCAGUGACGAAUCCGAACCUCAAGGGCCUUCUCAUGAACGUAAAUACAUCGGCUACGAGAGGCACUGUCUUCGCUUUAGUAACCUUGACAGAUGAUGUCGGGAAGGGGCUCGGGCCGGAGGUCGUUGCGCUGGGCGUUUCUGCCUUGGGUCGGCGCCUUGCGCUGUCCAUGGCUAUGGCUUGCUGGUUCCUUUGUUCGUUGCUUCUCUACUUCUCACGUUGGACCAUUGUGAAAGAUGUCCUUCGCGUUGAACGUCUUGAGAAGCUGCCGGCAGCGGCUGUCUAA